UUACUCCAUUAGAAAAAGUGAUUCAAAUUUACAUAACAGGGCCUUAGUGGUUCAAACGUUUGCCUAUCAGCACACUUUUCAGAAUGAACUGGUGGUGGUCAAGAUCUAUCAAUACUGCAUUGCAGCAAAACGUUGAGUAUUGCGGAACACAUGAAAUAAGCUAUCAAAAUGUUGGCCUGGUUAUUGGAAUCACUGGUGUCGUUGGCAACAGCUUGGCCGAAACACUCUCAUCCACUGAUACCCCGGGCGGUCCAUGGAAGGUCUAUGGUGUGUCACGACGAGGGAAGCCAGUAUGCAGCAUUGCUAAAGUGAGAUAUAUUCAGUGCGACGUAUCUGUGUCAACUGAUGUACAAGCCAAGUUAUCGACCCUGAAAGAUGUGACACACAUCUUUUGGGUGACUUCGGCUUUUGACCUUUCCACAGCUAAAUGUUGCGAAAUCAAUGGAGCCAUGUUCCGCAGUGUCCUCAAUGCUGUCAUCCCAAAUGCACCAAACGUGUGCCACAUCUGUCUCCAGACGGGCGCGAUGCAUUAUAUGGAGAUACAAAGAUCAAUUGAUGGGAAACUUCAUGUUAUUUCUCAUGAUCCACCUUUCACCGAGGACAUGGAAAGAUUGGAGAACAUUCACAACUUUUAUUACACGUUAGAAGAUGUACUAUUCGACGAGGUCUCUAGAAAACCAAGCCUAACAUGGUCCAUCCACAGGCCCGAUCUAAUUUUCGGGUUUUCACAUCAUAGCAUGUUGAACAUCGUUGGAACACUUUGCGUGUACGCAACAAUAUGCAAACACGAAUGCAUUCCGCUGAUAUUUCCAGGGACGAAGGAGGUUUGGGAUAGUUACUCUAACGCAUCAGAUGCUAAUUUGGUGGCAGAGCAUCAAAUUUGGGCAGCACUUGGUGCACAAGGGAAAAACAAAGCAUUCAACAUUACCAACGGCGAUGUAUUCAAAUGGAAGCAGUUAUGGAAGGUGUUGGCUGAACAAAUCGGAGUAGAAUAUGUGGGAUUCGACGAGACAGAGAAGAUUAUUUCCUUAUCUGAGAUGAUGAAGGAUAAGGGGACUGUGUGGGAGAAGAUUGUGAGAGACAAUAACUUGGUUUCCACAACAUUACGAGAGGUUGGCUUGUGGGACUUUGCAGAUAUGUUACUGGCUGGAGGGACUAGUAGGUUGUGCAGCAUAAAUCGUAGCAAAGAGUAUGGUUUCAUUGGCUUCAGAAAUUCCAUUAAUUCCUUCAUUUUCUGGAUACAGAAGGCAAAAGAUAAUAGAUUAAUUCCAUGAAUUUUGUGUUUUUACUUCAUCGUUUAAUUAAAAAAUUUGGAUUCAAGUUAGAUCCUUGUGUUUUUACACUAUUAAGGUGACAUAACUUAUUAUA